UCAAAGUGAAGUCAUCACAACGACGAUUCUUUUUGAAUGAUCUAAAACUAGUACAUGUGAUUGUGGCAACUCUCACCUGUUUUGCAGACAGUACAAAUUAUUUAACAAUGUCCGUUUGAUAGCUCGAGGUGUUACAAUAUCCGUGUCUCAGGAACUGUCUCCGUCAUAUCCUGCAAAUCACUCCAGCUCGCGGUACAGAAAAGAGCCUUAUUUGACUCGAAAUAUUUUUUAAAUGCCCACUGAUUGACAUUUCAGGCAGCAUGGAAAGGGGUAAAACGACUGUACGAAUAUUUGAGCAUGAGACCACGACAAGUCCAGAACUCGGAGAAUCUCAUCUGGAACACCAGAUAAAGUCUAUGAGGGGGAACACAAGAGGAAAAGACGAUGAUAAGCAGGAUCCCUUCAUGGGUCUGAACCUAGGAGUAAUAAGACAACGAAUACUUUGGUGGAGGGAACACAUACCAGAGAUAGAACCUGCAGCUGACUGUAUGAUGAUUUCCGGCUUGACCCCCGUCAUAAAGGUCCUCAACGGAUCAGGAUGUUGGUUUUACGCUCUGAGCAAAAAGGAACUGAAGGAUUUGAUAGACCUCGGAGCUGAUCCUUCAAGAAUCAUCUUCGGACAAACAGUCAAGCAAAAUUCCCAUCUAAAAUACGCAAAAGAGAACAACAUUGGAUACAUUGCUUUCGACUCAGCAUUUGAACUGCACAAAAUCCGGAAGGAGUACAAGGAAGCGAAGCUCCUCAUCCGAGCGUGUAUAGUUUCCGAAAAUAAACCUAUCCCAAAGUACGGACGUAACUCCCAGAGUUGUCAGGAUAUCCUUAACACUGCACGGAUGUUGGGACUUAAAGUGGAAGGAGUUGUCAGUGUCAUCAAGGAGCCGAGUGAUAGCAAGGACAUCAAGGAGACCUGCACAAUGAUCCGAAACAUAUUUCAAUACGCCGAAAAGAAUCUGAACUAUAACAUGGGCAUUGUAUUUGUAAAAUUCAAUAUAGACAGAGAUCUCACGGACGAGGAUAGCUUUAUUGAAUUGGCGGGAACUAUCAACAGGAACUUUUUAACUUCCUUCCGGAAGAUGCCAGGAGGAAAUUCCAAAUCUGGAGGAAUAAACAUCAUUGUGGAUCCGGGGGAAUACUUUGUCAAGGACUCGGUGUCGGUAGCUGCCACCAUCAUCGGUGUCAGACGUUUAGGUUCCAAGGAUAAUAGGAAAGUGUACUACUAUGUUAAUGAGUCCAUCUUUCAAAGUUUCAGUCACGUCAGAAUAAAGCCUAGUGAGAAGUUCGUCCCUAAGGUUCUCUUUUACACCGCCAAAAUCAAAAGUACUAAGGGAGAAGUAGAGGCUACGGUAUACGGCUAUUCUGAUGAAGAGAAUGAUGUUAUUGCUAAAGGAGUAGAACUUCCUGUAGAUAUGUGUAACGGGGACAUGCUCGCUUUUUACGGACUAGGAGCUUAUGUGAAAAGCUUCGAAUCCGACUGGAUGAUAAAUAACGCUGAGGUUUACUAUUUCUGUUCCACAGAGGACACACUUAAAAUAAAGGAGUGGGUACCGACUGCAGAAGUAAACGUAGAAAAUAACACGAUGCUGAUAUGACACUAUGUUUUUAGUUUUAGGAAUGAUGCAAAACCUGACGAUGGUUUAUGAUCUUGGGAGAAAAGUAAACUUUCUAGCUUAUCAUGGUAGCGACAUGUUAUGGGCUUAAUUAUGGUUUUGUUCAACAGAAAUGAUCAGAUGGCAUAUUGUUAGAGAGUAGAGUAACUAGGUAGACUCAGCUAGAGUACUAGCUCAGCUAGACCCUUAUUAAGGGUUAGAUUUUGAAUGCGUGGGAGUUUGAAAUUAAUUUUACUUAAUGUAUCAAUUAUCAAUCAAUCAAGUAACUGAAUUGAUUUUGAAUUUUUUUAUUGAAAUUUUUUAAUUUAAAUAUUUAUCUUUGAUUCAAUUGACAUUUGAAUUUGUAUU